UUCUGUUGCUGGGAGCCUUUCUUCGUGCCCCGGUCCCUCGCAGGGAGCAGUUGGUGGCAGCCCGGAGGCGCCAGAGUGUUUGUGGGAGCCGCGGGCGCCGCGUUAGCGGGCGGUUGCCUGUCCUGAGCAAUCCCAUCAGCUUGCCCGUGGUCAUGCACCUGGCCUGCAUUGUUUUCGUGGAAAACUCCAUUAUUUCACCAUGUGAACGCUCCUGUUCAUCUCAGAGUUUUCCAUCCCGUUCAAAAUUUUCUGCAGGUUAUGGAGGAAUCACACAAGAAAUUGCACUGUGGGCAAAUGCAUCAUUGAAGGUAAAUGGAGAUGAAUGAUUAAUAAAUGAAAAUCUCUAUAGCAGAAGGAUGGAAAGAAGAAGGGGCAGAACAGCAGCACCACUGGAAGAAAAGCAUAUGAAGAAGGACCUGAAGUGGAAUCCUGGCAGAGCUUCUCGUCCAGCCUCAGCUACAGUUCGGGUGACUGACUUGAGUUGGCGAGGUAACCUAAAUCCCAGUCCACUGAUUAAAGAUGAUGGAGAACUACUUAUGGAUGAAUACCUUUCCCCCAGGAAACUGAAAGCUUUGACAGGGAUGGAUGACCUGCAGCAAGUAAAGGCCCUGGAGAUGCAAGUAGAUACAAGAGAGAGCAGCUUGGGGAACUUUGGUGCCUAUCUACCUAAUCUGAGAGAGCUGAAGUUGAACAAUAGCUUGCUCGUAUCUGUGAGGGAUCUCGGAACCACGUUGUCCCAUCUCCACAUGCUGUGGAUGGUUUGCUGUGGGCUCUUAGAUUUAGAUGGAAUCUCUGCCUUCAGCUCUCUAAAAGAACUCUACAUAGCCUACAACAAAAUCUCAGACCUGUGCCCACUGAGCUUUUUGGAUCACCUUGAGGUUUUGGACCUGGAAGGAAACAAUAUUGAGGACAUCAACCAGAUGCAAUACCUGGGGCUUUGCUGCAAACUGAGCAGCCUGACAGUUCAGGGCAACCUUAUUUGUUUAAAGCCAAAUGCAGAAUCUGCAGAGGAACUAGAUUACAAUUACAGAGUUGAAGUGAAAAAACUCAUUCCCCACCUGGAGUAUUUGGAUGGAAUGCCAGCAAGCCAGACUGCUGUCUCUCCUUCCAGUAAGAUGAAUGAGGACUGGCUAAUCAUCAAGGAAUCUAUCGAGGAGGGUGGUUUGCCCAGAGACAUUUCAUGGUUAGGUCCAUGUGCAAUGGCAAGGCAGCCUGGAUGCAGCCCAAGACCUCCUACAACUUCCAGACCUGGAACUGCACAGUGGUCUGCUAGUGCAGGAAGGUGUAGCAGUUCCUGUCUGUUGUACAGCAGCUCUCCUCUUCCAGAUCCCACUAUUUCUGAAGACCUGUUUCCAGAUGACUCCAGUGAUUUGACACAUGGACUCAGCCAAGUUAUAUGUGGUAACCCCAUCAAGGCCCUUCGUGCGAGGAGGCUAAAGCUAGGUCCACCUGCAGCGAGCUCCUUGAAACUGCGCAGUCUGAAGAUAGAAAACCCUGACAUCCCUGUAGGAGGAGGAGAUGUGAGCCAGGAAGACGUCUUCUCUGCACCAAGAGUGUGGAGAGAGCAGCAUCAGCGGCGGUGCCUGCACACAGCUCAGCAAGAAAGUGUCAUCCCAGCAGCAAAGCUAGCUAUAGAUGAUAAGGAAGAGGAUGAAGGCUGCAGCCCAGCCAGUGGUGCUGAGAGUGAGCUGAGGGACACCUCAGGUGAGGAUCUCACUGAAGGGAUUUCACCUGAUUCUUCUUGCCACUCCUAUCUCUCCCAGUCCUCCUCAGAUUCAUUACAUGCUCAGGAAAGCCAAAACCACUGUCUAAUUCCGUAUCCUCCAAAAAGUCCUUCACAAGCAACUCUGAUGGGUUUUGCAGCAAGACCCCGGGAGCUGAGGAAGCAGAGGGCAAGGUGCCUGAAGCUAACCAGCCCAGAGGAGGGCAGGCAGCCCCAGCAAUGCCAGGCAAGGGCAACUCAAGAGACUUCAGCUCAGCUGCUGGGCAAGGGCCUUGCUCUGCUGAGCUUGCACAGCGCACCGGCAGCACAGGAGUCUCUGCCCUUCAGCCCCCAAGGGCAUUGCCAGCCUGAUGGCAGCAUUGCCAGGCAGAGGCCUAUCUCAGGACCCACAGCUGUUGGAUCAGCAGGCAUCAGCCCCAACCUGGACAGGAGUCCCUGCAGAGUGACCAGCCAUCCCCAGCCAGUUGUCCUCUCACCCCCAAGCCCCUCGGGGAGGGUUGGGCUGCUGAAUGCUGUUUGCCCUCCAACUGCUGGGGCAGUGCUGCAGAAGCUGCCGGCCAGUCCCUCUGUCUCAUCAACGUCUCAAAGCAGGAGUCCCCCGUUCAUAGCCCGUGUGUAUCAGACCCACUGACGCCGUGUCAUCUCCACACACUGGGUGCAGUCCUGACACUUGGAGGAUCAGUGCCAUCUUUCAGCCGCCUCUGCAAGAUAAAAGCAGAACUGUGCAAGUAGAGCAGUUCAAACAAAUGCCAUGAUUUGCCUCAAUUAAGGCUACAGCUGGUCCAGAAGUACUUUCUUUAAAGAGCACCUGCUGAUCAACAGAAGAGCUAAUCAACCUCUUAUGACAGCCAGCGUGGUUAUUUUUUGCACAGCCUUCAUGCACUAAAGCAGAACAACUCUUAAUGUAUUUCCUCUCUCCUGCCUCGUGCCCCACUCUGUGGGUGAGGCAGUGGCAGUAAACCAGCAGGGCUCAGUGCCUGCCAGUUCCAGGGUGGGCUGGAGGAAGUAGGAGACAUGCAGCAUUCCACCCCAUGCUCAGCAGCCUGGCCUACAAGCAUCCCUGCUGUGUGUGGCUUUUGCAGAACUCAGCAUUCGGGGACAAAGCCAAGGGUUCAAGGCAGCAUUGACCUGAGCAUGUUUGCGUAUCAUAUGACUGAGUCAUUUUAAAUAAUGCAGAGGCAAAGAUGAGGCAGGGGAAGUAAGAAAAUGAUCUCUUGUUUUAUAAUGGGGCAUUUGCUUUAUAGUUGGUUGAGAUUCAAAAGAGCUGGUUUUAGUGACUGCAGGCUGUGGUGCUGAUCCCAGUGGUUGUGCCUUAUGACUUUAUUGAUGUUGCAGUCUUAAACAGCAUCAUCAUAUUUUUUACAGUUUCAGUUACCGUGUUAGAUAUAUAUUUUAAAAUCACUUGAUGAAACAGUAAUUAUGUGAUGAGUUAAUUAAUUGUUUUAUGUCUUCUCCCUACCAGUCAGCUAAAAGUAAAGGAACGGAAUGGCAGGGAAAGCCCAAAA